UUUAUGUUGGUUUCCUUUCCCUUCUUGUUUCUAAGGACAAGUCUUACUUUACUAUUUACAGUCAACCCAAGCAGCUUUCACGCAUAAAUAUGAGUUGUCCUAGAUACGCGCCUCUCGGGUCUCAAUGAAGCUUUGUAGAGGAUCUGACUUUUGUGAUUAGAAGAAGAAGGAUCGGGUAGUGAUGGGGGUGUCUGUGGAGGCAAGUGAGCUUUGGGAAGGGGUGCUGGAGCUGACCAAGACGGCGCAGGACAAGAAGAGCGACGCGCUGCUCUGGGCGGUGCAGCUAAGCGCCAGCCUCAGCGCCGCCGGGGUGGGCCUGCCCUCGGUGGAGCUGGCCCAUCUCAUGGUCUCGCACAUCUGCUUCGGCAAUCACGUGCCCAUCGCGUGGAAGUUCCUCGAGAAGGCCUUGGCCCUCAAGAUUGCCCCUCCGAUGCUCGUCCUCUCCCUCCUCUCCAUCAGGGUCAUUCCGAAUCGGCAAAACCAGCCUGGAGCAUAUAGAAUAUAUAUGGAGCUUCUCAAGCGACAUGCAUUUUCAUUUGCACCUCCAAUCCUUGGUCCAAAUUAUCAAAAGUAA